AUGACGACCGAACGAGUCGGAGAAUCCUCCGACUCCCUGUCUCGGCGGCGCCCUAACUUUUCGACUCGAACCGCCCAUGGGGAUGAUUCUCGCCUUGCACCUGGUGACUCGGCUCAUUCCACAUCGGAUGAACGCACUCGACUACUGCCCAAGCCACCCACUCGCUGGCCCCGUCCAUAUGAGCCCACGAACUCGACGCAGCGGUCUGAGAACCAACCAAACGCAUCGUCGACCGAUUAUUUCCAUGGAUUCUCUAGAUGGUGGAAUAAGCAGUCGGGUACCGAGCAAGAGGAAGAGAACCAUGCAGACGCGACGCUGCAAAAUGCGUCUCUGUCUGCGGGCCCACUUCGCGAUGCCAGCGCCGACAGGAAGGACAAGAAUGGACAUCGCUCGAAAUCAGUGGAUGAGCCGAAGAAACUUGGAACGUUCUCCGGUGUCUUCGUUCCUACGACCUUGAAUGUGCUGAGUAUCCUCAUGUUCUUGCGAUUCGGAUUCAUUCUGGGACAAGCUGGUGUGUUGGGUAUUCUAGGUCUUCUGCUUGUGUCAUACACCAUCAACCUUGUGACUACCAUGUCUUUGUCCGCUAUCGCAACGAACGGAACCGUUCGAGGUGGUGGUGCCUACUACCUUAUCUCUCGAUCCCUUGGCCCCGAAUUCGGUGGGUCAAUUGGCAUCGUGUUUUAUCUGGGCUCUGUGUUCAACACUGGUAUGAAUGCUGUGGGACUGGUAGAUUGCUUCACCCAGAACUUUGGAAUACAGUCUGGCGAUUGGGCCAACUUCCUCCUGGAAGGCUUUUGGUGGCAGUACCUUUGGGGAACCGUCAUUCUGGUGUUUUGCACUGCUAUCUGCCUGGCGGGAAGCUCUAUAUUUGCCAGGGCAAGCAAUGGCCUCUUGGUCAUAUUGUUGGUGGCCACUUUCAGUAUUCCACUUUCAGCGAUUUUCUUGAAGCCUUUCCCGGUUCCUCGUCUGGGCGUGGAGUUCACAGGACUCCGCCUGAAAACAUUGAUGGGAAAUCUCAAGCCCCAUCUCACCAAAGGAGCCGCCGGAAGUCAGAUCAAAGGGCGCGAAAAUUUCCAAGAUCUAUUUGGAAUUCUGUUUCCGGCCACAGGAGGCAUUUUUGCCGGUGCGAGCAUGUCUGGUGAUCUCAAGAACCCCAGCAAGGCUAUUCCGAAAGGUACCCUGUCUGGCUUGGCCUUGACAUUUGUCUCCUAUGGACUUGUCAUACUCGCUAUGGCGGCUUCCGUUACUCGGGAGUCCUUCUAUAACAACGUGAACGUGAUCCAAAUCGUCAAUGCUUCGGAUAGUGUCAUUCUCCUUGGAGAAUUCGCAACCAGUUUCUUCUCGGCUUUGAUGGGAGUCAUUGGAUCCGCAAAGUUACUGCAAGCUAUUGCACGGGAUAGUCUUCUGCCUGGUAUUGGAAUUUUCGCUCAAGGAACGAAGAAGACCGACGACCCAGUUUAUGCCAUCCUUGUGACUUAUGUGUUCGCCCAAGUCACAAUGCUUUUCGAUAUCAAUCGCAUCGCAUCUUUCGUUACAAUGACUUACCUGAUGACCUUCUUGGUGACGAAUCUUGCGUGUUUCUUGUUAAAGAUUGGCUCUGCGCCGAACUUUCGCCCGUCGUUCCACUACUUCAACUGGCAGACCGCAGCAGCAGGUACACUGGUCAGUGGUGUUAGCAUGUUUUUCGUCGACGGGCUGUAUGCUACAGGAUGUGUGGGAAUUCUAGUCAUCCUCUUCCUACUGAUCCAUUACAGCUCGCCGCCCAAGCCUUGGGGCGACGUUAGCCAGAGCUUGAUCUACCAUCAAGUUCGAAAAUACUUGCUCCGUCUGCGCCAGGAGCACGUCAAAUUUUGGCGCCCUCAGAUCUUGCUUUUUGUGAGCGAUCUGGACAAACAGUAUAAAAUGGUUUCUUUCUGCAACUCGUUGAAGAAAGGUGCUCUGUUUGUGUUGGCCCACGUGCUUGUGACCGAAGAUUUUUCAGCAGCUGUCCCUGAGGCCCGCCGUCAGCAGACAGCGUGGACCAAAUUCGUCGAGUUUUCCAAGAUAAAAGCCUUUGUCAAUAUCUCCAUCUCGCCCGCCGCGGAGUGGGGGAUGCGGAAUAUCGUACUUAACUCUGGGCUGGGAGGCAUGCGACCAAACAUUGUUGUGAUUGACCAGUUCCGACAAGACCAAUCGCUUGUUGAAACGGUAUCCACGUACAGCGGUCGCAGGGACUCGAAAACCAGACGCGCAAGUACACGAGGUGAAGAGCCUCUUGGAUCCUCGAACCCACCAAUGAGCGGCCAGAGCUAUGUUACAAUCCUGGAAGACUUGUUGUUCAAGCUGCGAAUCAACGUUGCCGUUGCAAAAGGAUUUGAGGAUCUGGAACUACCGGAUCCUCAUGGUCGCCACACCAAGAAAUACAUUGACUUGUGGCCAAUCCAGAUGUCGGCCGAGCUUGGGGCUGAUCACGAGAGCAAGCAAAAUGUGCUGACCACCAACUUUGAUACCUACACUCUGAUCCUUCAACUGGGAUGUAUUCUCAACACUGUUCCGUCAUGGAAGAAGACAUACAAGAUCCGAGUUGCAGUGUUUGUGGAAUAUGAGACAGAUGUUGAGGACGAAAGAGGGCGAGUUGAAGCCCUUCUGGACAAACUACGCAUUGAGGCUGAAGUCAUCGUGUUCUGGCUUGCCUGCGGUGAUAUUCAGUCAUACCGAAUUAUUGUGAAUGGUGAUGCCUCGGCAGCUUCACCCGAAGCAGAGGCGAAAGUCCAGUCAGCUCUGCAAGGGGAGGACUGGUGGCAAGGAGUGCUACAAGCUCGUGCCCAUCAAAACCAAGACCCGCAGGACUCGGAUCGAGCAAGUGACAGCUUCCACCUGGACAAGUCGUAUAGCUGGCAAGGACCAUCCAGCCACGACAGCGGGAGUAGACCCUUGCAUCAGCGACUUCCGCGCGCUCGGGGAGUGAACCUUGGCAUGCAAACACACCGCUUAUUGGAUUCAUUUGUCGACUACGACAGCCCGGACAGUUCGAGCGAGACCGACGAUAGCGAUUUGGCUUAUAACAGUGACCCCGAGCCAGAGGACAGCGGUGAGGACCCUUACAGCGACCAAUAUGAACCUCCGUCGGGUUCAGGGUCCCCGAGGCCGCUCGGGAGAUCCAAGACCGACAACUAUAGUUCGGACGCCGAUUCCCCACGCGCACCGGUGCCCACGAGUUCGCAAGCGCAGGAGACUCCGCCCAACCGUUCGAUCCCCUCUAUUAUCGAGACGGGCGAUGACGCUUCACCGAAAAGCCGACCUGCAACCCAUCGGCCUCCCAUCAGCCGCUCCCCCUCGAGUAAUCGGUUCAGCUCUGCACCUAUCCCGGAAGCCAAAGUGAACCCGGAGGCCGAGGAGAACAAUGGACCGUCCAUUAUGUUCGCGGCCCAGAACUCACCGCCCCGAUUCGCCCCCAAGCUGGAUUCCAUCUACGCGCGUCGCCCGUCUGCCGUGUCUCCUACCUCACCCGGCACUCACAGUAGCUCACAUGUACACGCACAUUUACAUUCACAUGCGCAAGCACAAGCACAAGCACAAGCCACUGGGUAUCCCGGUGUGGCGUCAGUGCCGCUCUCCUUCAAUGACCUCCCCAGCCGGGCGCAGCAUUUGAUUCUGAACGAGUUGAUGGCACAGCAGAGUGGUGACACUGCGGUGAUCUUUACCACCCUGCCCUCUCCCGUUGAAGGCACCUCACUCAGCGCUGAAGACAGUGCGUCCUUCUUGAGUGACUUGGAGGUGCUAUGGCAAGAUCUGCCUCCGUGUCUGCUGGUGCACAGUAACAGCAUGACCGUGACGAUGAACCUAUGA